GCUGCUCAUCUUCAUUCGACCUGGCCUGGCGGCUGCGCGUCAACUUCCCCUACGUCUGCCAUCGUGGCUUCCAUGAUGCUCAACGUCCGUCUGCAGGUUCAUACUGAGAUCCAUUCUGCGGACUGGCAAAGGCGUGUCGUCAGGCUACCACACCACAGAACACGCAGCAUGAGGGACAGAGUAGGGGCUCUGGGCGGCUACCUCGGGAAGGUGAAGGGGGCAGGGGAGGACUCAGACAAGCUGCUAUGUGGCCUUGAAGGAGCACAGGGGGAGCGCCCGUGCCCGAACUCCUGGAUGCAUACGCCCUGCGGUCAAAUAGAUGGAAAUUCACAAAAUGAGUUAUCAACGGAAGUGAAGAAUGCUGAGGUCAACCUCUCGCUUCACAAUGGCAACAAAGCGCUUCCAUGUUUGAAAGAAUCAUUAAGAAGUUCCGCUUCCGCAGGGGCCUAAAGCAAGACUGUGGAUCUGUCCUGUGCUCCUACAGGAGAGCAUCGUGCUGGGGUCUCCUGUGGUGGUGGUGGUGCUCUGGUGAGGGGCUGGCCGGGAGAGGGAGGAGGGCCCAGGGCCAGCGAGCACGGAGGAUGGUGCCACAAAGGAGAACCUUGGGGGUCAGGACUACCGUGCCUUCAGAAACGGCCAGAAAUGGGAAUUUCUGAGGAGGAAGCGCCAAAUGCUCUUCUAGAAGGGCGAGGCUCCAGUGGGAAAGGUCUGGGCCUGCAUCUCCUCCUGUCUACACUGCUCCGUGCAUGCCCCGAAGCAUUCCUGAAUGAUGAGACAGAAUGUGUUUCCUUGGCAUCAAAGCCCGCAUUUUCAGAGCAAACAGAAUCCAAGAAAACGCCUUCACAGGUACAAAGUACCUCAACUGAUCUGCAUACACUGGGGUUACUGGCUCUACCAGCUUUGGAAGGAGCAAAUCCUGUAUGCCAUAGUUAAGGUACAAGCAGAACAACAAAAAGAGUGAGAUUGAUUUUGAAGCCUGCCUUAGAGGGCGCCUGGGUAGCUCAGUCAGUUAGGCGGCCAA